GCGGCGGGGCUUGGCUCACGGCUCAGAUUCUCUAACUUGCUUAUAGCAAGUCAGAGGCAGCCCAGCGCACGCCAGAUGCCGCUCGUUCUCGAUCGGUCGGCUGCUUCUUUCGAUCCCUCACUCAGCCUAAAAUAAGCAGCCCAGCCCAGAUUUCAUAGCCCACCUAAAGGCCUACUUCAACACAGUGGAGGGAAAACAAAACUUCAGGCGGGAGCACGAGAGGAUUUUGGCGGGGAAACGUGUGCUGCGCUGCUCUGUCGCGCGCUGUCUCAGCUUUGGACGAUCGCUGCGGCAACUCCAAGGAAAUCAGCUGGCCGAUCGAGGAAAACUUCUGGCGAUCGAUUCCAGCCAUCGUUCCUCCUCCUCCUCCUUCCAGAUUACAGUAAUUAUUGAGUUCACGUCUUCAAAUUAAGAGAUAAUGGCAGAAACCAACAAGGAGAAUGUGAUUCGUACAUCCUUACCUCAAGUUGGUCAGAAAUUCACAGACUUGGCUGAGGCAUGGUCAUUUUGGGUUAACUAUGGAGGCACAAACAAAGAAUAUAGGCCUUUUGGUGUUUUCGUCGGAUUCAAUCAUUUUAGAGAGACCGUUAUUUUUGGUGCUGCUCUUUUGUUUGAUGAAACACGUGGCUCUUUCAAAUGGUUAUUUGAGGCUUUUGUAGAGGCACACAACGGAAAGCAACCUAGAGCUAUAUUUACCGAUCAAGACACGGCAAUGGGAUUGGCUGUUGGGGAUGUUUUCACCCAAGCAUGGCAUGGCUUGUGCACCUACCACAUCAUGCAAAAUGCCGUCAAGCACUUGUGCAAUAGCAAAGUUGAAGAAUCAAAAAAAGAGGAAGAUGAAGAACCUCAUAUCCUCUUAGAUUUCAGCGCUUGUAUGUAUAAUAUUGAGGACAAGGCAGCCUUUGAAGAGGCAUUUGACAUCAUGAGAAAUAAGGUGGAUAAGAAGAAGGCCUCAUGGCUAGAUAGCAUCUACAAGUUAAAAGAAAAGUGGACUGAAUGUUACAUGAGGGAUGUUUUCACAUUGGGAAUGAGAAGCACACAAUUAAGUGAGAGUUUCAAUAGUGAUUUGAAAAAACAUCUCAAAUCAGAUUUUGACAUCAUUCGCUUCUUAAAACAUUUUGAAAGGGUUGUGCAAGGAAAAAGAAACAAGGAGCUAGAUGCAGAAUUUGAAGCUACUAAAAAACUGCCUAGAAUAGGGAUGGAGACUCCUAUGUUGUUGCAAACAAGCGAAGCUUACACACCGACCAUAUUUGAAGCAUUCAAAUCUGAAUAUAGAAGAUCCAUGGCUGCAUGUAGUAGAGCAUUGGAUGGAGAUAAUACAUAUGUUGUUACAAUUGUGAGGGGUAAUGGUGAUUUGAGUUCCGAACUAGAGCGCAUAGUUGUCGGUGAUCCUUUGGAGCAAACGACUUCUUGUAGCUGUUUUCAGUUUAAAAGGAUCGGAGUAUUGUGUGCGCAUGCUUUAAAAGUUCUUGACUUGAUGAAUAUCAAGUUAUUGCCAAACCAUUAUCUUUUAAAGAGAUGGACCCGAGAAGCAAAAUCUGGAACUAUACAAGAUACCAAAGGAAGGGAUAUAAUUGAAGAUCCAAAAUUGGAUGCUAUGUUGCGGUACAAGUUUGUUUCUCACAAAUUUCAUGAUUUUGCAAGUGAAGCCGCAAGCGAUCCGGAAUGUAUCUUGUUGGUGGACAAUGCAUUGGACAUCCUUGCCAAGCAAGUACGGGAAAAACUGAGGAUAUCUAGAAGUAUUUUGAGUGAAUCCUCUAAUGUGCAGCCUAAUGUUUAACAAGAUGAGGGUUUGCUUAGUUCUGCACGCCUCAAGAAAAAAGAGGUUCAAGCGAAAAGUUCAAAGAGACAUAAACCUUGGAUCGAGAAGACACGCAAGUACAAAAAGAAAGACCCAAAGGAAUCUAGCCAGCAAGAGAAAGAGAAUCAAGUUGGUGGAGAAACUCAAGCAACAACUGAAAAUGCUAAUAAUGCCAGCAAUGCAUUCAGGAGCUACACAGACUUGCUAAUGGGUUCUAAUGGAAUUGAUGAUAUGGAUUUUGGAGAUCUUCUUUAGGUUCCUAUUUCAUGACAAGAAGAAGAUAGUCCAUCUUCUUAUUUUGGCCUGAAUAUGUUCAGCUUGAAGAAAUUUGUGAAAAACACUGCAAAAUGGUGUUCUUUUGUGUAGAACCUGCAGCUCUAGUACUAUAUUUUGUUGGAGGUUAUUAUGGUUAUUUGUAUCAUGACUAAUGUUUGUAUUCUGGUUGAUUUUGGUUGAAUUCUGGUUGAAAACGGAGUAUUUUUACAGGUUUCUAUCCA